AUGGGUCACAAUUCAAGGACUUGCGGUGUCAGGCAGCGGCGGCAGAGAGGUGGAGGUGGAGGUGGUGGCCUUAGGCUCUUUGGGGUCCAAGUUCUUGACCUAUCUUCUUCUUCUUCUUCCUCAACUAAUUCUCUAAUUUCCAGGAAGAAGAAGAAUAUAAUAAUUAAGAGAUGUCCUCCGAGCAUGGUCCACUGCUUGCCAUCUGUCGCAGCUUCUUCUCCAACAGCACCCUCCUCUUCUACAUCUUCACGCCUUCAAAGCAGAGCCUUGAUCGACUUAAAUUCUGAGAAAAUGUCAAAUGGCUAUCCCUCUGAUGGCCUCACAGCAUUACCCCAAGAAAAUAAUAACAAGGGUGUGGCUUGGAGUGAGGAAGAGCACCGAGUGUUUGUGAUGGGGCUAGAAAAGCUCGGUAAGGGCGACUGGAAGGGCAUCUCUCGGCAUUUUGUCACCACAAGAACUCCAACCCAAGUCGCCAGUCAUGCUCAGAAGUUGCUGUCAGCUGUCUUCUCAUCAACUUUAGCAGCAGAGCCUGCAGCUCCUCUUCUAACCGCAGCAACUGAUUUAGAACUUAAGCUUGCAGCUCUGAUACCGUUGGAUCAACAGACUAAACCCAUCCCUAGAGCCCUUCUAAUUGCACCUAUAUCUAUAUGUUAA